UUGUGGAAGGCUACCCAAAACGUUUGACCCAAGUUAAACAAUUUAAAGGCAAUGCUACCAAAUACUAAUUGAGUGUAUGUAAACUUCUGACCCACUGGAAAUGUGACGAAAGAAAUUAAAGCUGAAAUAAAUAAUUCUCUCUACUAUUAUUCUGACAUUUCACAUUGUUAAAAUAAAGUGGUGAUCCUAACUGACCUAAGACAGGGGAUUUUUACUAGGAUUAAAUGUCAGGAAUUGUGAAAAACUUUGUUUAAAUGUAUUUAGCUAAGGUGUAUGUAUACCUCCGACUUCAACUGUAGCUUUCACCUGGUCAGUCUGUGUCAUGGAAAGAGCAGGUGUUCCUAAUGUUUUGUACACUCAGUGUCACUUAUGUGUAUGAAAGUAGUAAAAAGUUCAUGUGGAUAAUUCUGAAUGAGUCGUGAAUAAUGAUGAGUGAGGAGGUUAGACUCACAAUUAUCAUAACCCUCCUCCCCCCAAUGUAAAUGCUACCUCCCCUGUCAUUGUAAUGGUGAGAGGUUAGCAUGUCUUGGGGGUAUGGUAUUUGUGCAUCUGUAACUUUCUCACUCAUCAUUAUUCACGAUUCAUUCAGGAUUAUCUGUAAUCAUGGUAGCAUCCACAUUAAUGUAGAAGUGUUUAGAAACCUGUAUUCUUGUUUACAGUAAAAGGGACUCAAAUGGCACAAUACAUUAUUUAAUAUUCAUUUCUAUAGGGCACAAAAUAAUAUGAAACACAACCAAAACAAACAGCAAAUGCAUCCAACAAAUGUGUAGAGUCACAUGCUUGAUGUAGUCAUUCUGUGCUAUGAAUAUGGGACCAAAGGUAAUGUGUCAAUACUUUUGGGCCCCUAAAAUGGGGGGACUAUGUACAAAAAGUGCUGUAAUUUGUAAAUGGUUCACCCAAUAUGGAUGUAAAUACCCUCAAAGUAAUUCUGACACUCUACACUUUAACCUCAUAGUCAUUGUAGAAUUUAUACCCCAAUACUUUUGGAGCUCAAUGUAGACUCAAUGUUUUCUAAAAUGGGAAGAGGUCUGUCCAUGAUAAGGUGUUGCUCUGCUUUCUUGACAUCUAAAUCAAACAGACAGGUCCUACAGAACCUAGUUUUGUCUCACCUGGACCACUUCCCAGUUGUGUGGUCCUAUGCGACAAAGAAGGACAUUCCAGUUGGUCCAGAACAGAGCAGCACGAAUUGUACUUGGAUGUACACAGAGGGUGAAUUUCAGUGGGCCGUGGGUAAGACCUGUCUGCUGAUCAGCUACACCACCAAUGCCUUCCCCGGAGAGUACAUACCCACUGUCUUUGACAACUACUCUGCCAAUGUGAUGGUAGAUGGGAAACCAGUGAAUCUGGGUCUAUGGGAUACAGCAGGACAGGAAGACUACGACAGACUCAGACCACUGUCCUAUCCACAGACGGAUGUGUUCUUGAUAUGCUUCUCCUUGGUCAGCCCGGCCUCCUUUGAGAACGUCCGAGCUAAGUGGUACCCUGAAGUGAGACACCACUGCCCCAACACCCCAAUCAUCCUGGUGGGCACCAAGCUGGAUCUGAGAGAUGACAAGGACACCAUCGAAAGGCUGAGGGACAAGAAGCUGUCCCCCAUCACCUACCCCCAGGGUCUGGCCAUGGCACGGGAGAUAGGUGCUGUGAAGUACCUGGAGUGCUCUGCCCUGACCCAGCGAGGGUUGAAGACUGUGUUUGACGAGGCCAUCCGCGCCGUGCUCUGCCCCCCACCCGUCAAGAAGAGGGGCAAGAGGUGCACCGUGUUCUGAGGGCUCUCAUUGGUCCAGGAGAAACAGCCAAUAUGGCGGCCAUUGUCUGGUACUACUAAAACAUCACCAUAAUGACCACUACUUCUCUCCGGGACGAAUCUUGACUUGAGACACCACGUAACGGCAAUUUAACUGAUGUUUGUGUAAAUAACGCAUUCAUGUCAAUGGAAUAUUUGAUCUUAAGUUAGGAUUUGGCCCGAAGAGAAAGAGAAUUACUGGACUUUUUUUUUUUUUACAGUGGGAAAACGAUUUGAUCUGGUGUAAAGAUAUGCGUCGUCAAGUUUCCAUUUGUCUGUUUUCCACAGAGGAAAGUACUCCUCUGUGGACAGUUAAAGUGUCUACUCUCACUCAUACAACCCUCCUCCCUCUCAGUCUUGUUUGCUUGAGUUGAUACAGCACUCAAAACAGCCUGUACUGUGAAUAUGUGGCUCUGGGUUGAAGUUGCCCUUAGUUACAGAUCUAGGAUCAGCGUACCCACCUCAAAUCCUAACCUUCACCAUUACGGGGAGAAAAAAACACAAAACUGACCUUAGAUCAGUGUUUUAGGGUCAAUUUCACCCUACUCUGUGAAGUGAAUAAUGUGAUAAACAGACAAGCAUGCCAAAAGUGGGGGCUGUACAACCUUGCUGCCUGAGUAAUGCCUCUGAUGGAGGUGCCUGCAUGGGUCUAAACAAUCUGUCUUCAUUUUCCCAACGUCCUUUGUAUAUGUUCAUUUGCGCGUGUGGGUGUGUGUGUGGGAGUGUGUGUGUGUGUGUUCGCAUGUCACUGUAUGUGUGAGAGAGUAAAGUUUCAAGCAGUGUCAAGUUUUUGGUACUAUUUCGUAUUGUAGUGAUACACAAGACUUUGCAACAAACUGUCGACUCAAAAAAAGAAAAGGGAAAUGGACGAUCACAAUCGUGGUCUGUUUUAUGUGUUAACCAAACUAAGUCUAGUAAUGUUUAAAAAUAAAAAUAAAAAAAACCUUUGGAGGAGGAAUUCAUUAUGGAUAUAUCUAUUUAUUAUGUACCUGAAUAUUUAACUCUUUAAUUCCAGACAAUUCAAAAUAAAAGGAUAAUAGUAACUCACUUUGACUCUAGGAGGUAUCAUAUUGCAAACAUAUAUAAUUAAUUAACCAGUGCAUUUCUGUGGUGGUUGUGGACCUGCAGUAUAACUGUAUGUCCCACUCUGGUGGUGAGAUACAGAACUGCAGUCUUCUCUGUCAUGACGUUAUUGGUUGGCAUAGCAACUGUGGUUGAAUAAUGUGUCUCUGAGCCUGUCCAAGGUGUCAAUACUGGCUUUGGGUAGAAGUUUUCCUCAGGCGCAGAUCUAGGAUCAGCUUACCACUACUCAAUCCUAACCUUAACCAUUAGGGGAGAUUUGCAAAACUGGUCUUAGAUCAGUGUCUAGGGGUAACUUCAUCCUAUUCCUCAAUACUGUAGAUCAGAAUUCUGAAAAGCUACUAAAACUACUACUGCAUGGAUAUGAACUGGUGAUUCGAGCCCAUUGUUAUUAAGAAGAAAGCUUUUUUUAAUGCACUGGCAAUGUACUGUAAGAUGACUUGUAUAAUGGUUUAAUUGUUUGUCUUAUUUUUUAUGACUUCACAUGUCAGUGUCGUGAUAUCUUUCAAUUUUGUAUAAUAAAUACAAAUGUAUAUGUAA